UACCGCGCUGUGUCCGGUGGGUGUCGCCGUGUUUCUCCCGGGAUCCGGAAGUGUCCGGUCUGUCAGCCGAUCACAGGGGGCCCCAAAGGACGAUAAUGGCGGGUGGGGGCCCCUCUCAGCCUCUGCCCACAGUGCUGGUGUCGGUCUUGGCCUGGCGGGAGGGGGCGGGGGACUCUCGGGAGGAACUUCAAUUACAACUCAGUGUGGAGCCCGAGAACCCCGGAGACUUCCGCCUGGCUGUCCGCAACCCGGCCCGCGGGCCGACCCUCAACACGAUUGUCGGGGAGUUCCAGCUGAGAGACAUCUCGUAUGAUCUGAGGACCGCGCUGUGUCACCAGCUGACCGUCCUGGAGGAUCCCACUACCUGCAUGGCCUUCAACUUCGAUGAUGAGCGGGAGGCCCAGAAGUUUUGGACGGUGGUGAGCAGCUCCCUCAGAGAGGCCCAGAAGGCCGCAAAAAGUCAGACGGACUUGUCCGGAAGGAAGCCGCCGUUACCCACCAAACCCAGGAGCCCCCCGAAUGUUGGAGAACCCCUCUCACCAGAGGCCGAUCCCCUUUCCCUGAUGGGCAACCUGGGCACUAAGGAGGAGCUGACGGCGCGGCUGAGCCGAUGCAUAGAGAGCGGAGACCAGAAGCUGGCGGCGCACUAUGCGGCUGAGUUGGCCAAGUACAGAGCUUCCACUCAGAUUCAGCUAAAACCAACCUGCUACCCGAAAUCCGAGAUCUGCAUGAAGGUCGCAGUGGAAGACGCCAAGGCCUCUGUGAAUAUCACCACAUAUGUGUACGGUCACACUACCAUAGCCAUGCUGAAGCAGCAGAUUUUCAAGGAUUAUCAGUUCCACCCCAGUAUUCAGCGCUGGAUCAUUGGCCAAUGCCUGUGCUCCGAUGAUCGGACGGUCAUGUCUUAUGGUAUUCGGAGAGACGGAGACACGGCAUUCCUCUACCUGCUGGGGGCCAAACAGGCGAAGCUGACACCCCAAGACUUGUACAACAGCAGCAUCUAUCCGGGGCCGUCGCAAUUGGUGGCUUCGGGCCUGGAGGAUCAACGUCACUCCAAAACCCUCCCCAGCCGGCCCAAUCCAAAGCCAGUCUCCAAUACCUUCAGGCCAGAGAACAUGGAUACAGGGGGCCUCCCGAAUCUCACCCGCAAUGCUCCACCUUCACCUGUCCAGAUGGGCUGGUCAUGCCCCGCCUGCACGUAUAUCAACGUACCUACCCGCCCCGGCUGCGAGAUCUGCAGUUCGGACCGCCCGACGGGCUACGUGGUUCCCGAAUGGUACAAACCCGACGAGACGGAGCGACGGAGGUUACAGCAGGAGACCGACGGGCUGCAGCAGUACAAGAAGGCUCAGGAGGAGGAGCGGCACCAGAACUUUCUGUACCUCCUCCAGCUGGACAACGAGGUUCUCAUCCCCAACCAGGAAGCCAUAGAAUGUCGCAUCUGCUACACCGAGGUCCCUGCGGGGGGCGGUGUCCUGCUACGCGAGUGUCUCCACAGCUUCUGCAAGGAUUGUCUGCGGCAGGUUGUGAACUGCUGUGAGGAUCCGGAGGUCUCCUGCCCCUUCCGGGAUGAGAUGUACGCCUGCGACAGCAAGCUGCAGCAGAGAGAGAUCCGAGCGUUGGUGUCAUCGGAAGAGUAUUCCCGUUUCCUAGAGCGUGGCCUGGUAGUGGCGGAGAGCAGAAGUCAGAACAGUUACCACUGCCGCACAGCAGACUGCAAGGGGUGGUGCAUCUACGAGGACUCCGUCAAUGAGUUUUUCUGCCCCAUCUGUGGAGCUGAGAAUUGCCUAACUUGCAAGGCCAUCCACGACGGAAUGAACUGCAAAGAGUACCAGGAUGACCUGCGUAUCCGAGCGCUGAAUGACACCGCCGCCAGACAGACCAGCGACAUGCUAAAGACGCUCGUCCAGACCGGGGAAGCCAUGUACUGCCCCGCCUGCCAGAUCAUUGUCCAAAAGAAAGACGGCUGUGACUGGAUCCGCUGCACCAUGUGUCAGACUGAGAUCUGCUGGGUGACCAAGGGCCCUCGCUGGGGGCCACAGGGUCCGGGAGACACCUCAGGGGGGUGCCGGUGUAACGUGAACGGAAGGAAAUGUGACCCACGUUGUCAGAAUUGCCACUGAACAAAGGAGAAGGCGUCGGUGAAGAAGGGAAGCCACGCCCCCCCACUAUUUGAAAACUGCGUCUUCAGUGACACCCCCCCAACUUCUUUUCGUCCCGUAUCUCCUUUCCGGUUGUCGCGGAACAGAUCCGACAACAUUGCGAGUGGGGGACGCAGCCAGCUGAUUGGCUGAAUUUUGAUCAUGGCUGGUCCGCUCCCCAAUAGUGUUUGUAAAUGACGCCUAAAUCGGUGCACCCCCCCCUCCACUUCUCACACGAUCGGGGCACCACGUCGAUGGAACGCCGCCUGACGCCAGAUAAUCGUCCUCAGAAACUGGAACCUACCUAUGCAUUUGCGUUUAUAUUGCACUGACUUAUCCUGCCCACAAGGGGGCUCUGUUCUCCCCCAAUUAUUGCCCCCCAAUACCUCAAUGUACAGACUGGGAUGGAAAGCCCCCCCCCCCCCCCAUCUGAGAUAUCGUUUCUCUCUGUAUUUAGUGGUGGACUCUGAGGCAAAAAAUUGCCGAUCAUUUCAGUUUAGCUUUUUUUUUUUAUUCGAUUUUAUUAUUUUAUUUUUAUUGUUUGCUACACUACAGCCAGUGUCUCUGUAGUCCCGCUAUUGAGGAGUUCACCUCAGAAUUUAUUUUUUGAUUUUCAGUUUACGGGAUGUUUGUUACGUUUAAAGAAACUCAUUAGUAUAAGCGACAGUUGUUGCCCGCAUCGAGAAAAAAAUGAUGUAUAUUUUCAGCUUCUUAUAGAAAUGAAAAACGAGCUAUUACUUUAUAUAAUUUUUUUUUCUUAACCCAUUAUUACACAGUCCUGGCUGGUAAUUUUCACUGCCAAUCAGUCUUUUGAGUUCUAAAAACAUUAUGUGAAAGAACACACCCCUAGCAUCCCUUUAGACGUGUAUGUUCUAGCAGCUGAUAAGCAGAUACAAGUCUGUAAAAAAAAAA